GGAGGAGGAGGAGGAGGGGGUACCAGUGAAGGGAAGGAAAGUAGAGAGCACCAAGAAAAAGGAGUGUCCACCUGAGCCGAUGAAGAGAGAAGAGGAUAAUGAUGUGAAGGUGACCAAUACUGUCACAGAGAACAGUCCUGGUCCGGAUGAGGAGGUGACCAAUACUGUCACAGAGAACAGUCCUGGUCAGGAUGAGGAGGUGACCAAUACUGUCACAGAGAACAGUCCUGGUCAGGAUGAGGAGCGUCGACGUCGUCUCGCGGCCAGGAGAGCGAGUGUCCUGAAGUCUCUACAAGGACUCCUCACUGCAGGGAAGGGCCUGAGGAGACAGAGCCUCACACCGAGAGAUGGAGGGAAGAGGGUGGAGGGAGGGAAGUCAGGGGGUCAGAAAAGGGACAGAAAAGCAGAGGGCAAGAAAACGGAUAAGAAGGUGGAAAGUACGAAAAGUACGAAAAAAUCGGAAGGUAAAAAAACUGAACGUAAGAAACCAGAAGAGAAGAAAGUAGAAAAGAAAUCAGAUUUAACCAGAGUGGGGGCUAAGAAAUCAGGUUUAACCAGACUGGGGGCUAAGAAAUCAGAUUUAACCAGAGUGGGGGCUAAGAAAUCAGAUUUAACCAGAGUGGGGGCUAAGAAAUCAGAUUUAACCAUAGUGGGGGCUAAGAAAUCAGAUUUAACCAGAGUGGGGGCUAAGAAAUCAGAAUUAACCAUAGUGGGGGCUAAGAAAUCAGAUUUAACCAGAGUGGGGGCUAAGAAAUCAGAUUUAACCAGAGUGGGGGCUAAGAAAUCAGAUUUAACCAGAGUGGGGGUUAAGAAAUCAGAUUUAACCAGAGUGGGGCCUAAGAAAUCAGAUUUAACCAGAGUGGGGCCUAAGAAAUCAGAUUUAACCAGAGUGGGGCCUAAGAAAUCAGAUUUAACCAGAGUGGGGCCUAAGAAAUCAGAUUUAACCAGAGUGGGGGCUAAGAAAUCAGAUUUAACCAGAGUGGGGCCUAAGAAAUCAGAAGCCAAGAAAGUGGAGCCUGAUAGUUCACCUGCAGCAGAGACACCACAGGAGGAGACUGAUAGUUCACCUGCAGCAGAGACACCACAGGAGGAGCCUGAUAGUUCACCUCCAGUAGAGACACCACAGGAGGAGCCUGAUAGUUCACCUCCAGUAGAGACACCACAGGAGGAGUCUGAUAGUUCACCUCCAGUAGAGACACCACAGGAGGAGUCUGAUAGUUCACCUCCAGUAGAGACACCACAGGAGGAGUCUGAUAGUUCACCUCCAGUAGAGACACCACAGGAGGAGUCUGAUAGUUCACCUCCAGUAGAGACACCACAGGAGGAGGAGCCUAAAUCACCUCAGAGAGGUGUACUAGGUGACGACCAGAAGACGGACGGUGUGUCUAAACUACAGACAGCUAUAGACUCUUUCACUCUAACAGACUCUACCCUACACAGGAUACACGGAGAUAUACGCAUCUCUCUGAAGACGGACAACCCUGACAUUUGUAAGUGUCUGAUUGCCCUUGAUCAACUCAGUAUGGUGUAUGUAACAUCACAACACGUCCAGAGACACAGUGAACUCAUCACUACGCUCAGAAAGAUGCGUCGUUUCCGCAGUAACCAGGACGUGAUGGACAAGGCGUCGAUGCUCUACAACCGCUUCAAGAACGCCUUCCUAUUGGUUAACGACAAGGAUGAAGUCAUCAGCCCAGAGUUCCUCCGCUCGCUCCUGGAGGAGAAAGAGAAGGAGGAGGAAGAGAGGGUGGAGAGAUGGAGGGAGAAACAGAGGAGGAGAGGAGAGGUGCUGCAGGAGGUCCGCAGGAGGAUGAGUCAACUGGAGGAGAGGAGGGGAGGAGAGAAGGGGGAGACUCAAAAGGAGGUUGUGACAGAGAAGGAGGAAGAGGAGGUGCCAGAGGAGGUGCUGAGGAUGGAAGCUGCAAACUCCACUAGGAUCACCCUGAGGUCCACUGGGAGAACGGAGCAGGGUGAAGUUGCCCCUAGACACUGAUCUUGGUGCAGUUUUACAAUUUUCGCCACUAAUGGGUCGAAGGUUAGGAUUGUGGGAGGGAAACUGAUCCUAGAUCUGUACCUGGGGGGGGGACUUCACCCCGGAGCCUGGUAGAACAUACCAACUCAGAAUCAGAGGGGUGGAAAUGGAACGUACCAGCUGUCCAACUGGGGUUAUGUUUCUAAACCCUCCCCUUGUCCACUCAGAAUAUUUGGACAACCUCCUCACCCCAUAUUCAUUGGUGCACACCCGUUUCAAAAAUGUAGCAGACGUUGUUUUUUUUUGCAACGGAAAAGGACGAGUGUUUUUGGUUAUUGGACAGGUUCUGUCCAAGUGGACUCUGGUGUCCUCAGGACAGGUAGACCUGCCAAGUGGACUCUGGUGUCCUAAGGACAGGUAGACUUGUGCUGUGUCCUCCGUAUCCUCCUUUAGAAAGAAUCCCACUGAUAGGAUCCACUAACUGUUACUCUCCUUCCUGGUGCUAUAAAAACCUAGAAUAGUUCCUGUAUACAAAUGUUUUUACUUUGCUGAUUGUUUUUUAUACCUUGUACGUUCUCUUAAAUACUGUACUUCAUGUUGUAUAGUUUAACGGUGAUGAUGUAUAGACUGGAUUCUACAUGACCUGGAUUUGACUUUGCUUGAACUCUUUCCCUGCCAUACAAAGCCUAAUAGCCACGUUAGUUUCUGCUUUAGCCAGGGGGGCCAAUAGUAUACCCUUCAGGUCUCUCCGUCCAAUAGCCAUCACUGCUCCUGGUUGUAAACCCCAGGGCCAGGCAGCAUUAUGUUUCAACCCAGGCCCAGACAGCAUUAUGUUUCAACCCAGGCCCAGACAGCAUUAUGUUUCAACCCAGGACAGACAGCAUUAUGUUUCAACCCAGGACCAGACAGCAUUAUGUUUCAACCCAGGACAGACAGCAUUAUGUUUCAACCCAGGACAGACAGCAUUAUGUUUCAACCCAGGACAGACAGCAUUAUGUUUCAACCCAGGACAGACAGCAUUAUGUUUCAACCCAGGACAGACAGCAUUAUGUUUCAACCCAGGACCAGACAGCAUUAUGUUUCAACCCAGGCAGCAUUAUGUUUCAACCCAGGACAGACAGCAUUAUGUUUCAACCCAGGACAGACAGCAUUAUGUUUCAACCCAGGACAGACAGCAUUAUGUUUCAACCCAGGCCCAGACAGCAUUAUGUUUCAACCCAGGCAGCAUUAUGUUUCAACCCAGGACAGACAGCAUUAUGUUUCAACCCCUGAUAUACUGUAUGUGGUGUUUAUCUUUUCUUAGUGCUCUUUUCAGCUGCGGCAAGGUGACACUGCCAAUUGCUAUUACAUACUGACACACAGAGACACGUACUGUUGUGGGAACGGUUUUAAACGGAAACACACUUUGGUUUGACACCGUGAAGUAGAUUGUUUGUUGUUACUCUACCUUUUUAGAUCUGUUUUUUUUUUACAGUUGUCAUUUUACUGUACCUGAAUAAGUUAGCGUUACUUCAGGUUAUACUGUUGGUCAAUAAACCGUUCUGUCACGUAGAAAAUAUGA